AUAGAGGUCAUGUCCCGGAAGCGGAAAUGGGUGCCGGGUAUGGCGGCGGCGCUGGGGCGGCCGAGCCUGGACGCGCUGCCGGACUCGCUGCUUCUAGAGAUUCUCUCGCAGCUGCCGCUGAGGGAGCGGUUGCGCGGGGCCAGGGUCUGCAGGCGCUGGCGACGUCUGGUGCAGGACAAGGUGCUCUGGAGACACGUGGAUCUAACACCCUACGAGAUCAGCUCCAGGAUCCUGUGGCACCUGUUGCGGCAUCACCUGCGCAAUAAUGUGAGGACACUGAAGGUGAGAGGAACCCUUUGCUCUUCGAGGAAGCAGGAGUUCCUCUCCCCAGCGCUGUUGCAGGCCUUGGGAAAGCAGUGUCCUGGCCUCCAGAGGCUGUGCCUGGUGUGUGCCGACCUCCGGCGGCUUCCUUAUGACUUCAUGCCCUCGUCUCUGAUGACCUUGGAGCUGAGCCGGUGCGAGAUCCCUGGGAUGUGGUUCCGGCGAGCUACAGGUCCAGACAGCACUAGUGCUCCCCCACAGCUGAAGCAUCUCUUCAUUUACGAAGUCCCUUCCUUUUCUGAUUGGCACCUGCUGGACGUCUCUUCUCAGACUCGCCUGCAGACGUUGACCCUCUGUGGAACCUACCGGGUGACAGAUGCGGGACUUCAGAGAGCCGCACCACACCUGGAGGCUCUGGAGCACCUCACGCUGCGCCAGUGCAUCCUGACAGACUUUGCCACUCACUUCAUUGGACGCUACAUGAAACAGCUCCGCACUCUGGAGUUCAGUGAUGCUCCAUCUCUGACUGAUGCUGGCCUUGCUUGCUUAGUGCCCUUGAAGUACCUGGAAACCCUCUGCCUUGCAUCCUGUGCUAAGCUUUCCUGUGAUGCCAUUGUCACUGUGGGUCAGGCACUGCCACAGCUAAGGAAUCUCAAUUUAAGUGGGAUUUCUUUUGAUGACCAGGCAAUACGUAAAAUUCAAGCAAGUUUGCCGAAUUGCUGUUUUUCACCCCCCUGAAAUGCUUGUUUUCGAUAGAGCUGUGCUUCUAGUCUCAGAUGCAUGCAUCCAUGUAGUGGCCAGAUUUCUCCAGGUGCUACAACAGGGAGUCAAGCAUUGAAGGGGCAAGGGCCAUUUUGGUGGCCUGUAAAACAUGAAAACGGGUUAGUGGAAACUUCAGUUCUAAAGUGACUCCUUCCCCUUCCUGUACCAAGAAAAUAUCAAAGGGGCACAGUGGAGGUGGAGGGGCACAGUGAUACUCACUGAGCUUAUUAAACUGAUUCAAUACAGGGCUGUUUUAGAUUUGUAGUUGGCAGCCUAGGGCCUUUCUUCAUGGUUGAGUUUCUUUUUAGCAUUAAGCGUCAUGCAGCAGCUGACCUGAGCGAUAGCAUAGGGACGAAGUCGGUGGUUCACAACCUGUGGGCCACAUGCGGCCCAGUCAGCACGCUGCUGUGGUCCAUGUAACAUCCUGUUAAAAAGUAAACAUUGCUGCCUGUAUUUUGUGAGCCAGGGAGAAAAAUUCAGGAAACGGGGAGGGUUUCCCCUUGCAGGCUGCCAGAGUUCCAGUCUGCAAGGGGCUGCUUGGGGCUGGGGGGAGCAGGAGGAGAGUGAUAGGGGCACCACAUGCACAUGUGCAUGUACACGUGCAUGUGGCAGCCAGGCAGCAUGGAGAGCAGCUCCUACGGAUCCCUCCAGGUAAGUCUGUGUGGGGGGAGGAACAGGUUGAGGCCCCCACAGUGAGAGAGGGGGCAGGGCAGGGCUGAGGCUGGGGUCACUGUCCUGCCAGGGUGGUGCAUAGGACCCGAGGCCGGAAUGUGCGGCUGCAGGACCUGCCUGGAGAGUGGGACAGA